GGCUCGGGCGCAAUCAGAGACGAUGUGUGUGAAGAGUGUGAUGUGUGUGCGGAGUGUACGGAGCUGACCUCAGUCCCCCCCGCAGCACUAAAGCGUGUCCGCGGCACGGAGCGCGCGCUCGCUUUUCGGCCCGUCGUGUCUCGCGGAUCUCUGGAGCUAGAGAGAGAAAAAAGCGACGCUCGCGCCAGCCUGACUCUUCGGACAGGGUCCUCUGGACAGGAACAUGUCCAUCCCGCAGCUCGCCUACAAGUACGGCAGGGCACUGUACCCCGCCGAGCCCCCCCACGGGCCGCCCGGGGGUCUUUCCGGGGCACUGGCCGCCCUGUACGGAGCGCCCUUCAGCAGCAGCGGCCACGGAUACAGCGCCUUCCUGCCUUACUCCAGUGAGCCCGCCGCGCUCAGCCACCUGGCCUCUCCAUACGAGCUGAAGGACAGUCCAGGCAUGCAACACCCCGGCUUCCCUCACGCCCACGCGCCCUUCUUCCCCUACGGCCACUACCAGCUCGGCGACCCCUCGCGGCCCAAGAACGCCACCCGCGAGAGCACGAGCACGCUCAAGGCCUGGCUGAGCGAGCACCGGAAGAACCCGUACCCCACCAAGGGCGAGAAGAUCAUGCUGGCCAUCAUCACCAAGAUGACCCUCACCCAGGUGUCCACCUGGUUCGCCAACGCCAGGAGGAGACUGAAGAAGGAGAACAAGAUGACAUGGGCUCCAAAGACCAGGACGGACGAGGAGGGCAACGUGUACGUGAGCGACAACGACGAGGGCGAGGACGAAGACAAGAGGGACGAGGACGAGGAGGAGAUCGACCUGGAGAACAUCGACACGGAAAACAUCGAGAGCAAGGAGGAGCACCCCGACUACCGGAGCGACCUCAAACCGGACUCUAAAGUGACGGACAGAAGCGAUUCGGAGGGCUUCGAGGACUCGCGAGGACAGGAGAAAAGUUUCCUCAAGAGCGUGAUGAAGGACAGCAGGGACAGCAGAGCGGAGGCGGAACGGGAUGACCACGGCAAAGGGCCAGGGGCCGAGCCCUUGGGCAAUCUAAGUCCACCACAGAAACCCAAAAUCUGGUCUUUGGCUGAAACCGCGACCACCCCGGACAACCCGAAAAAGUCCCCGCUGCUGACCAGGAACCACGGGGCUGCGCUCCAGGGCUCAGUGGGGAACCUCCACAGCUGGACCAAAAUGGCCCUUUCCGCCCAGCACAUGGCUUUAAGUAACCAUUACCUGGGACUUAAACACCCGGCCAACAGCACUGUGUCUCACCAGCAUGUGGACAGCAGGACUCACGUCUUAUGAGCCGUUUCAAAUGGACAGUGGACUCAUUACUAUCUUUAUUAUUAUUAUUAUUAUUAUUAUUAUUAUUAUUAUUGUUUUAAAACUAUUUUUAUUUUAUUUCUUCGUUUUCGUAAUGUUUUUGAUAUUUUUCGUCCUCCUCACGGAAAUGUAAUAAUUUUCACACCAUGAAAUCUUUGGUUUUGAGAGAGAAGGAUAAAAAGGUCUAUGGAUUUUUUCUAAACAUAAACGACAUUACAUUACAUUUGUAAUAGACGGAUGUUGCCUAGCACUUCCUAUCCGAGAUGAGACUAUAAUAGAGUAAAGGUUUAUAUCGCUAACUUACGAACAUUUUCACCUGAUUUAUUUAGCAGAGUCACGUGAUCACGCGUUUAUCUCUCUUUCUGAAAUCUCAGCAUUAUUACUCACGUUCCUCUAAUUGGACGUUUUAGAGACAGAAUAACAAACUAAAUUCCCGCCCCAUUCAGUCAGUGUGAUGUGAAGAGAGGAUGGUGCCUUUUUCACGAGCACCAAGGAGCCCCGACCGCUCAAGUCCCGUUUCAGACCGGAUCUUCUCUCAGUCCGCGUGUGUUUGACGUACUCUGGACUGUUGAGCGCUUAUCCACACAUUUCACAGCUCUCGGACGAUGCUCGGCGAUCUACACCAAUGCAGGGCUUCAGACUCAUUUUUAGAAGCGUAUUUUGACCGUAGUUAUGUCUCCUUUAUAGCGCACGCGGCGUCUCUCCAUUAGCUUCUAACAUUCACACGUUCCCACAUGUAUCAUCUAAACGCCAUGAGCGCACCUCGAAUUCACUUUGACACAUUCAGUUCGUUCUUUUCUAACUGGUGUUCAGUUCGCAGUGCAGUAGGCUGUGCUGAAUGGUUUUGUAAAUGUAAGAUGAAUUUUACCUACUUGAAAAUAAUAUUGUACAAAACUAUAUUUUAAAUAUUAAAACGAAAGACACACUUUUAUCCAACCGAA